CAUUCGGGUGGACUUUAUAUUUUUAGUUUCUAGCAAUGAAACAAACAAUACAAGAAUGAUAGACCAUUUCGGUUUGCGUAUUUUAUAUUUAAGAGCCUAUAAAAAUAUGACUCUAAAGAAGAUAAACUUAGAGUGGUGGUGUGUGUAGCCAACCAUGUAUGAAGCCUACUUCAAUAACAAGUUCACAAAUCUCCUUGUGUUUUACAUUUACUUGUUAGUUUUCCUUCUUCUUUCACCGUUUCUUUUCGUUUGGGAACUCUUCAACUACGUCGGUUCAUGUUUCCGAUGUAAGGAAAACAUGUCCGGAAAAGUGGUCUUAAUCACUGGUGCUUCAUCUGGACUUGGAGAGCUUAUGGCAUAUGAAUAUGCAAAACAUGGCGCGUAUUUAGCUAUUAUAUCCACACAAAAACCAGAGAGUCGACUCCAGCAAGUAGCCUUAAGAGCUCGUGAACUCGGCUCUCCUGAUGUUCUUUUCAUGUUUGCGGAUGUGUCUAAGGUUGACGAGUGUAGGAUGUUUGUGGAUGACACCGUUCAACAUUUUGGUCGUUUGGAUCAUCUGGUGUGUAACGCAGGAAUCGGACCCCUUUAUACUAUCAAGAAUGAUGUUACCAUAUUCCUACCGGUUAUUGACAUAAACUUUUGGGGAUCGGUUUAUCCAACUCACUUUGCAAUCCCACACCUCAUGAAAACAAAUGGAAAGAUCAUCAUCAAUGCCUCAGCUGCUGGUGUGCUGAACCCACCUGGAGGCGGCUUCUACAAUGCAAGUAAAGCAGCAUUGAUUAGCUUUUACGAGUCCCUAAGAUUUGAAGUUUCCCCGACAAUAACAAUAACAAUCUUGACGCUCGGGUUCAUACAAACAAACUUCAUAACAACCAAAUAUUCAAGCAACGGAGUUGGUGCGCGUUUAAAGAAAGAUUUGAGAGAUCUAUUCCCGACAAUGGAGGCUGAAGCAUGUGCGAAAGCCAUUGUUGAUGGUAUACGCAAAGGUGCUACAUCCAUUACAGAACCAAAAUUCUUUAAGGUUUUCGUAUUGUUCAAGUUCUUGUUCCCAAAACCACACUAUUACUACUCAAACAUUUAUUCUUCCUUAGUAGAAGGCUAAAAAGGGAUGGUCGGAUAAACUUUUGAUUGGAGAAGUGUUGGUGUAAUUAUUAAUUUAGGGAGUUUCAUGCUUCUUGCAUAUAUGAAAUCUUGUGUCUUCUCCCUAAGUAUAACCAAUUUAUUAAGAAAUGAUAUAGAAA